GACGAAAAAAGAAAGGAAAAAACAAAAACACAUUGGAAAAACACUUCCUAGUAUUAUGGUGACCUGGUGAGGCAUUGGUAGCACAGAAACACAACCACACAAAGAAGAACAAUGCGCGCCUCGCCAUCGUCACACUCUUCUUCUUUCCUUUUCUCUCAACCACCUUCCUCUUCCUCUUCGACAACACCACCACCACACUCUCUCUCAUUCUUUCACCUUUUUCCCUUCCAUUUCAAAAAUCUCUCCACUCCCAAACCACGCUCCCUCAACAACCACCCUCACUUCUUCUCAUGCUCCGCUUCCAAAUUCUCUUUGGAUGUCGAUCAUGAAGACGAAGAUGAAGAUAAUGAUGUUGCUUCUUCUUCUGGUGAUUUAUUUCUGACUGAUGAUUAUGAUGAUGAUGAUGAUGAUGGUGAAGAUGAUGAUGAUGGUGAAGUAUCAGAAGAGUAUUUGGCAGAGGAUGGUGUGUACAUAGAGGUGGUGAAGCUUGGCGAGAACUCACGAAGAAUCGAAUCCAGAAUCUCCGUCAAUGCUUCGCUUGAUGCCGUUUGGAGCAUCUUGACGGAUUAUGAGAGGUUGGCUGAUUUCAUUCCUGGCCUUGCCGUUAGCCAAUUGCUCGAAAAGGGUGAAAAUUAUGCUCGUCUCUUGCAGAUUGGACAGCAGAACUUGGCAUUUGGAAUUAAGUUUAAUGCUAAAGUAGUUGUAGAUUGUUAUGAGAAAGAGCUGGAGACUCUUGUGUCUGGUAUUAAGCGUGACAUUGAAUUCAAGAUUAUAGAAGGAGAUUUUCAAGUCUUUGAAGGAAAAUGGUCUAUUUUGCAGUUCAACAAUGGAAGUUGUGAAGAUUCUCAGGUCCAAGUUAACACCACACUCUCAUAUAUCGUUGAUAUUAGGCCGAAGCUAUGGUUGCCCGUGCAUCUCAUAGAGGGUAGACUUUGCAAUGAGAUAAAGAGGAAUCUUGUAGCAGUUAGGGACGAAUCUCAUAAGGCUAUUGACAGUACUAUACAUGCAUGUGCAGUCAGGAACCUUAAGCUGAGGGGCUGGUGUGAUCUUUAAGAUCAACUCUACAUUGUUUUAUGGUUACAUGCAUAAUUCGCAGUCUUGACUCUUGACCUCAUCCUCUUUUGCAUUCCAAGGAACUUGAAGGAAGAGCUUCUUGGAUGGGUAAGGCGCAGGAAGAGCUUCAUGGUUAAAACCAGCAAUACAAUGCUUAUUUUCAAUAUGAAAAAUAUUAGGAACCAGCACUUUUUAUAUUAGUCAAGAAUUUGGAUCAUUCCCAUUAUGUAUAUAUAUAUCUGUCGUCCUCAUUUGAGACUAAGUAGAACAAGCCAUAUGUAGCCACGUUCACAUUAAUGGCAGAACGCAUCAAUUUGAUUCAAGAUCAAUUAUAUUACAAUCCAGCUUUCAACUGUCUACUGUACAAGUAAAAGAAAGCCACCGAUUUGUACUUCGGUAUAACUGUUACAUCUUUUU